AUGACCCUCUCUUACAUUGGAAAGGGUGCUCGUAAAGAUAUUAUGGGGCUAUAUACAAGGGGUUAUUACGAAAUGGGGGUGAAUAUUCGUUUUUAUGGAACAAAUAAGUCCGUUGAUUCCCGUUUGGAAGAUGCAGAGGUUGUGUGUUUAUAUGAUGGUUUCUUUGGUCCCCAAGCCAGUCAUGCAGAAAUGUAUUUUCUUUCCAUAUUUGGUACCGAAGCAAAUGCUUAUAACGAAGGUGGUUUGGGAAAAAAUGAAAGGGGGUGGGGCGAUGGUGAAUGGGGCAAAUUCCAAAAAAGUCACCCCAGAGUAGAUGUAAUAAAUUAUAUUAUGAAUCAAAUUCCUUCAUAUACCAAUUUUUUCAAUCUUCCAAACUACCCACAAGCUCCAACAAUCUUAAGAAAGAAUGAUGAAUGUGAACAAGAACUUCUU